AUGACGGCCCCUCGUGUUGCUCUCGCCGCCCCGGCGCGCGUGCCUGGUGCGAUGGGCGCGCCAACCUGGGACCCAUCGCCAUUGUCACCAUCGACUGGUAAGCGUAGACCGGGGCGGCAUGGGGAUGGAGAUGGGGAGGAAGAGGAGGAGGAGCAGGAGCAGGAGGAGCUAGAGAACAUGGAGCUUUGCCAGCACCGCCCUCGACCCUGGGCGGCGGCAACGAUGUACAUGGGCAUGUGCAGCGUGGACCAGCAUGAACUCAUAAGUUUCCUUGACGACACAGACUCGGACGCUGACGACUUUAUCCUGUCCUGCUCGUCUCCUCCAUCGCCAUCACUAUCACCACUACCACUACCACUACCACUACCACUAUCACUAUCACUACCAACACCAUCACCACCAACACCAUCACCAAACACCAUCUCCCACCCCGCUGCGCACGCUCUGAUUGACGAAAACGUGAUCGACGACGACGACGACGACGACGACGACGACGAAGACGAAGAAGACAAAAUCAAAGACGACAACUCCGGAACCAGCACCGGUUUCUUCGACAGCACCACCUCCUUCUACCGCUCGUCUGCGCGGUCCAGCUUCUCGUCGACGACGAACUUGACCUUCACAACAACAAUCACAGCGGCGUCAACCACGACGGCAACGACACCGGCGGCGACGAUGGCGCCCUCCACCAUUGCCAACAGCUUCCUCAGCACCAGCGGGGGCGGCGGCGGCGGCGGCGGCGGCGGCUGCGCUAGACAUAAUGGCAAGACGACAGCAGCGGUUGAGACAGCUGCCCCAGGGCGGACCAGCGAAGAUAGCGUGGACCGGUCCCACGGGCUCUGGGACUACCUGCAUCAUGGACUCGACGGGUACAGCUCGCCCGACCUGCGACAGCUCCAGCAGCAGCAGCAACAACAACAACCACCAUAUCACAAUAAGCAACAACCCCGUCAACAGCUGUUCUCAUCAUCGUCACACCACGACCUUCAUUCCUCACGACCCGGCUCGUCUAGGAGCCGCCAACCGUGGGAGACGACGACCCGCGUUACGCGGACGAGCUCCGAGUCGAUGAUGACGGCAGGCAGCUCGACCGCGACGGCGAACUCGUCUGCCUGGACGACGAGGACGAGCAAGAUGAGCCACGAGAAGAGCGGCAGUAACGACAGCAAGAAGACGAUGGCGACGACCGUGUCGGCACACUCGCCAACGGCGGCGACAACGACAACGACAACGACGACAACGAUACCGAUACUACAAGGCAUGCGCGAGACGCUGUCCUCGGCCGGGUCAGCGACAACCGUGGCCCCGCCUGUGUCGCCGUCAACGAGCUCCUUCGGCGCAGAAAUGACGAAGCAGGAGUUCGAGGCCUUGCCCGAGGCCAUCCAGCGAAAGGUCAUUUGGCCCUGGACGCACGGGGAGCCGGUCUUGCCAUAG